AUACGAAAGAAUGUCGUGGCAAAACUACGUAGAUCAGCACUUGAUGUGUGAAAUCGAGAGGCAACAAGGCCAACACCUUACUGCCGCCGCCAUCGUUGGCCAUGAUGGCAGCGUCUGGGCUAAGAGUUCUAACUUCCCCGAGUUGAAGGCUAGUGAGGUAUCGGACAUAAUGAAAGAUUUGGAUGAACCGGGCCACCUUGGUGGCUCAAAGUAUAUGGUGAUCCAGGGUGAGCCCGGUGCUGUCAUUCGUGGCAAAAAGGGACCAGGAGGGAUCACUAUUAGAAAAACAGGACAACCUCUUGUUCUAGGCAUAUACGAAGAGCCGGUGACUCCGGGACAAUGCAACAUGGCCGUCGAGAGGUUGGGUGAUUAUCUCGCCGAGCAGGGCAUGUAGCCGACUUGUCUUCAAAAUUAUAUGCAUUUUUAAUUUUCAUUUUUAUGCUUUGGGUUCCUAAGGAUUUUCCCUCUAUUUCUCACAUUGAUACUUUUGUAUUUAUUUGGACAA